AUGAAGUUGUUGUUUCUGCUGUUUGUGGUGAUCGCGGUUGCGCAAGCUGAUUGGUGGGAUUCCUUCACCGAUACCAUUGCGGGUGGUUUUAUGAGCGCCGCGAAAUGGGUAAAAGAGACAGCCAGUCCUACUAUCAGGGAAAAGUUCGACAGUGCAAAAGCUUCUCUACAAGAUCCAGAGACUCACAAGAAUAUAAGGGAGUGGAUAUCGGAGUAUCGCUUAGACUAG